CCUUUACCACUGUACCAACCAAUGUAGAAUAUGACAGUCACUUCAGCUCCAGAAAAUAUACAAAUAUGCGAAUUUUACCUGAGUUCGGUGACCUUCGCUCAUUCUUCGACCUCGUUCAAAGUGAUUCAAAUCUGGGUUUUGGAUGGUUUUUUGAGGAUCUUAUAUUCCGAUCUUACCACACAAUUGGUCAAUUGGUGGAGCAACCAGUCUAAACCCGAGCCAAUCAAGAAUUCCGCCAUGCUAGACGGCAGCGGCCGAAGGCCCAGCCCUGCUCGGAGCACAAUCACCGGGAUGAAAGGGGAUCCAUCGCUGCUGCUCCUCUGGCUCGGGCUCUGCGAUAUUGGCUUGUUGUCGAGGAACAUCUCGGCGGCCGGAAAUGGAUGAUUGAGAGAUCGGGUCGGGGUCUGGAUCAAGGGCCAUUUCAUUGCAAGGACAGGCUAACGUCCGUCUUGAACUAACGGCGCACACGUGGCUUUAACACUGACGGUGCACUGAAUCCGCUCCCAUUACACUACUCCAUAUGGCCUUUAGGUCGGCAAGUUCUCCUAGACUUUCAACUCCACAACAGAGACCAGCUUCUUCACGUGAGUGGUGUCUUUUCUUUGGGCAACUCCAUGUGAUUGGGUUGCACUUGGCACAGUCACCAUCGAGAGAGAGAGAAAAGAGCAUCAAACUCCAAACUCCAAAGCAACGGGAGGCGAGUCUGUUUGAAAAUAACAACUCACAAGCAAGCAAUUUCAACAAAAUAAUAAUAAUAAUAAUAACCAAUAAACGAAGACCCCCUAUGUUGGGAAGAAGAUGGAAGCACAUGCAUACACCUGCACUUUAACAUUAAUAUAUUACACUACUCCAUAUGUAUCUAUGUAUGUAUUUCCUGGUCCUAGGCCUAGCUUUCACUUUCUUCUUCUUGUUCUUCUUGGACUGAAUUGGGUGGUUUAAGUUUUGGUGUUGGAGAGAAAAAUGGAGGAGGUGAUACAGCAACAAAGGUCAUUGGCCAAGACACCAACUUAUUCAGUUGCUUCAGUUGUUACAGUUAUGGUCUUUGUCUGCCUUCUGGUACAAAGGUCAAUCUACGGAUUUGGAAAGUGGUUAAAGAAGACUAGGAGGAAAGCGCUGUUUGUUUCGUUGGAGAAGAUCAAGGAAGAGCUCAUGCUACUUGGCCUUAUAUCUUUGUUGCUGGCGCAAUCCGCAAGGUGGAUUUCUGAGAUAUGUGUAAACUCUUCUCUUUUCACCAGCAAAUUUUAUAUCUGUUCUGAGAAAGAUUACAGCAACACCAAUGAGAAGGUCAAGCUUGAGAGUUCUUUUUCUUCUCCCAAUGCGACUGAUAUUCCAGCAGGAUUAAUCAAUCUUUCUUCUCAUCAAUGUGGUGAGGGCCAUGAACCAUUUGUUUCAUAUGAGGGACUGGAGCAGCUGCACCGGUUCUUGUUUGUUCUUGGGAUCACCCAUGUCUUGUAUAGUUGUGUGGCGGUUGGUUUAGCUAUGAGCAAGAUAUACAGUUGGAGGAAAUGGGAAAAUCAAGCUGGCUUACUGGCUGAUGCGAAUUUGCAAGGUAUGCAGCACAACAAAAAAUUUGGAUGGCUUGUUUCCCUUGCUUUUAAAAACAAGGUGAUGAGACGACAAUCUACCUUUGUUUUCCAGCACACAUCUCAUCCGUGGAGCAGGCACCGGAUUCUCAUUUGGAUGCUUUGCUUUCUACGACAAUUUAAGAGUUCCAUACAGAGAUCGGAUUACUUGGCUCUGCGUUUGGGCUUCAUCACUAAGCACAGACUUCCCCAUUCUUAUAACUUCCAUAAAUAUAUGGUCCGGAGUAUGGAAGAUGAAUUUCAAGGGAUUCUUGGUAUCAGCUGGCCACUUUGGGGUUAUGCCAUAGUGUGCAUUUUCGUAAAUGUUCAUGGUCUGAAUAUUUAUUUUUGGCUUUCCUUCAUCCCUGCCAUUCUUGUCAUGCUGGUCGGAACAAAGCUCCAGCAUGUUGUCUCUUCCUUAGCACUUGAAAUUGUAGAACAAACAGGGCCGGCUGUUGGGACUGAAGUAAAGCCACGUGACGAUUUGUUUUGGUUUGGAAAACCAGUAAUACUACUGCGGUUGAUACAAUUCAUCAUAUUUCAGAAUGCCUUUGAGAUGGCAACAUUUCUCUGGUCCUUGUGGGGACUUAAGGAGAGAUCAUGCUUCAUGAAAAACCACGUAUUGAUAGUUAUUCGGUUGGCUUCUGGUGUUCUUGUUCAGUUCUGGUGUAGUCACAGCACGGUGCCUCUAAAUGUCAUUGUUACACAGAUGGGAUCCCGGUGUAAGAAAGCUCUGGUUGCUGAGAGUGUCAGAGAAUCACUCCAUAGUUGGUGCAAGAGAGUAAAGGAGAGGUCUAAACACUCGCAUGCUGCAAGAUCAGUUUGUUCACUUGACACAACAAUUGAUGAGAGGGAUGAGAUAACAGUUGCAUCUGGCACUUUAUCUCGGAGCUCUUCCUUGGACUCCCUACAUCAAGUAACUGUAGCACCAAUGGAACAGCCUCACGCUGCUCUUGAGACUACAGACCCGCCUCAACAUGAAUACUCGUUCCGGGUGGCAGAGUAUUUAGCUGACUCGGUAAGCAUCAGUGCAUCACAACGUCCUACCACCAGCGAAGAAGAUGAUGACAGCAUUAAUGGAGUAGAAGAAAAAGUGGAUACUUUAUUAGAGUUGUUUCAGAAAACAUAAGUUCUUGACUUGUAACUCAACAACUUACGUUUUUUAGAACCUAAGCAUUAGUGCAUCACCGGUGGAGAAGAUGGUGAAGGCAAUCAACCGGAACAAAAAGUUGAUACUCCUUUUAGGGUUGUUUCAGAUAAUAUAGUUUCUCGACUUGUCACUACAGCUUGGCCAAGUUUGGUUUCAUAUAAUUUUUUGGGAUGGAGUUAUCUCGAAAAUUCAGAUAAACUACUACAACAGCGGUGGUGAGUUGAAUGUACCAUGUAGGUGUUUAUGUUUAGAAUAAUGGCUCAAGAGCUGAACGUAAGUUCUGACAAGUAAUGUACAAAGUGAUUGAAAUAUCCUUGACUUGAGGUAGCUA